AUGUAUAGAGCAAAAAGACUUGCAUUGAAUGAGGUUGUGUCAACGAGAGCAGCUCAAACCUCCCUUUCCCUCUGUCCUGAGCAAUUCGAUCCGUCUUUUGACCAUUCUGCUCCGACCUCAGUAUCAGAAAAAUCCCUCAAAUUGGUCUAUAAAAGAAGGUCAUUUUCCUUUCUUCCUUUAGAUAGUCAGUCAGUUAGUCAAGUAGAAAUUAUUUAA